AUGCCUGUCGCUACUCAGGCCUCCCUCAAGGGGUUGACGUAUGACCAACUGAAAGAGACUGGUUGUAUGCUCUGUUUAAACAAUACGUAUCAUCUGGGCUUGAAGCCGGGACAAGAAGUGCUGGAUUUAGUUGGCGGAGCACACAAACUGCAGGGUUGGGAUAGGAAUAUAUUGACGGAUAGUGGAGGAUUUCAAAUGGUUUCGCUGCUGAAGCUGGCCAAAAUCACAGAAGAAGGCGUUAGGUUUCUGAGUCCCCAUGAUGGGACACCGAUGCUUCUGACUCCCGAACACUCCAUAUCCCUCCAAAAUUCCAUCGGCUCCGACAUCAUAAUGCAACUCGACGACGUUAUCGUAACAACAUCGCCGGACCACCAAAGAAUGGAAGAAGCCAUGGAACGGUCUGUGCGAUGGCUAGAUCGGUGCAUCGAAGCACACAAAUAUCCCGAACGGCAAAAUCUUUUUUGCAUUAUCCAAGGUGGUCUUGAUCUCGAGUUGCGGCGCAAGUGCUGCAAGGAGAUGGUUGCGCGAGAUACACCUGGUAUUGCUAUUGGAGGAUUAUCUGGUGGUGAGGCGAAGGCUGAGUAUUGCAAGGUGGUCAAUACCUGCACAGGGCUACUUCCAGAUGGCAAACCUAGAUAUGUAAUGGGUGUGGGAUACCCAGAAGAUCUAGUUGUUUCCGUUGCCCUAGGCGCAGACAUGUUCGACUGCGUGUGGCCGACACGAACAGCCAGAUUCGGCAACGCCAUAACCCCCUUCGGCGUGCUCAACUUGCGACACGGCUCCUUCGCACGCGAUUACGCCCCAGUUCAAGAAGGUUGUAAAUGUCCAUGCUGCCGACCCAAAUCCGAAGGCGGACUGGGACUUACAAGAGCAUAUAUUCACCAUGUCACCUGCAAGGAGACUGUUGGUGCUCAUCUACUCACAAUGCACAAUGUUCAAUAUCAACUUUCAUUGAUGAAUUCGAUCAGAGAGGCUGUCUUAGAAGAUCGAUUUCCAGCAUUUAUUGUCAAUUUUUUUGAAAAUUAUUAUGGGUCGCUUUCCAAGGCGCCCGAGUGGGCUGUUGAUGCGUUGAGGACUGUGGGUGUUGAUCUUUUGGCAUAG